AUGGAGGAUGAUCGAGAAAAUCAGUCACUAACAAUCAAGAAAGCCAAUCAUAGCUCUGCAACACCGGCUUCUGGCGAUGGGAAGCUCCGAGUAGCGCUUAAAUUUUCGAAGGUGGAAGGUAGGGAAGAUGAUCAGGUUGGCUCUUCAGGAAAGGAUCAGACUCGGAUCUGCCCAGAGUGCCACAAAGGGUUCAGCUCUGGCAAAGCUUUGGGGGGUCACAUGAGAAUUCACGGUCACGAAAACAAAGAUCUAUCUCUCAAAAAGCUCAAACCCCACCAAACAACCAAGUUCAAGAUACAAUCGCAACACCAAGUUAUUGAUCUUAUGAAGAAGAAGAGUAAUAACACCUCCUAUGCUUGUUUGGGAGGUAACAGUAAGCCAACAUGUGUGCUUUGUAGUAAGAAUUUUCCGUCUAUGAAGUCGCUGUUUGGGCACAUGAGAUGUCACCCGGAGAGAGAGUGGAGGGGAAUUCAGCCUCCUCCGGCGGUGAAAAACAGUUCAUCUUCAUCCGUAUUGGACGUUGAGACUCAGAAAAUCGAUGAUCAGGUUGAUUCAGCUGGAAUUAAUGGGACAUCGGUGGUAGAUCUAACAGUGUCUCUUCGGCGGUGGCCUGUGACUGCCAAGAGAGGCCGUAAGUCCAAGGCCUUAGCCUUAACCUCCACAUGGGCUCUAUCCAGUUCAGAGGAUGAGGAUGAGAAGUGCCGUGAUGCUGCUAAUGAUCUCAUCAUGUUAGCUCAUGGAGAUUCUUUAGAGUCUGGCCUAACUCAUAAACAAAGGGUCGAGGACUUUGAGGCUACAAACAGCAAUUCAGCCGAAAUUGAGGACGCAAAUCGGGCUUCGGAAGUCGAGGAGUCACCAUUUGAGAACGGAGGGGAUUAUCCUAUGAAGAAGCUCAGAAUUGAGGAAAGAGGGUCCAAAUAUGUUGGAAAUAAUAGUGGCUUGAGUAUGAACAUGGAUAAAGAAGGCAAAGGUAAGGCUAUGUUGGAAACAGUUUGUGUUGCUGAAAAACCAGAAGACAGGCCUGAAGGGUUUGAUCACAAGAAAUGCUCAUACGAUGAUUGCAAGUAUCAUGAGAGUAGUAAUGGGCAGACGGUUACGAUUAAGAACAAAAAGAGGAGGAAGACGAUGAAACUGAUGGAUUUGGAGGCAAUACAAGACCUCAGUCCCUUUAAUCUGAAGGCAGAUGUGAGUACAAUUAUCAUGCCAGGUCAAUACAGAUGCAGCACCUGUGAAAAGUGCUUCCCGUCUCACCAAGCCCUGGGUGGACAUAGGUCCAGCCACAACAAAUUCAGAAUUCACAUCCAAAACACCAUUGAUGAAUCAUCAUCUGCUGCUGCUGAGGUUGAAAAUUCUAUCUAUCCCAUUACCCUACUGGAUGAAAUCAAAGAAAAUGAAGGGGCAAGCUCAACGAUGAUGGUGGAAAGCACACACCAAUGCCAGAUUUGCAACAAGACUUUUCCUACAGGCCAGGCUCUUGGGGGUCACAAGAGGUGUCACUGGACAGGGCCAGCGGAAGCUCCAUCGAGCCAAGUCACAUCCCCCGGUGAAGAGAGCCAGACGGGUCGUAAAGUUCAGACGUUUGAUCUCAAUGAGCUGCCUCUCAUGGAGGAUGAAGGUGGGUUUGAGUCUGAACAUGCAACUGGUUAUGGUUAUUUUUCUUCUUCAUACAACUCAGUUGCUAUAGUCAGUUGA